AUGAUGCUUACGAACAAUGUUAAUAAAAAUGAACGUUUGUCUGAGGACUGGCAUACAGUGAAAGUCAAUGCGUCUGGGGUUUGCGUGUAUUAUAUAGGCAACGUGUUUACAUCAUCGUGCGACGUCGACGUCACUUUCUAUCCCUGGGAUACGCAAACAUGCAGCCUUGACUUCAUGACGGCAAACUACGGUGUCGAUAAGAUGAUUCUAUAUCCACUAUAUCACAAAGUUGAGUUGACCUACUACUCGCCUAAUGGCGCCUGGGAUCUCAUGGACACAAGCGUUACAUCAGAGGCUAACAGCUUCAUGGUUAAUUUCAAUGUCGUGUUAGAGAGGAAGCCUCGAUUUGCGAUAGUGAAUGUGAUACUUCCAUUGAUAAUUAUGUCCGCGUUGAAUAUCCUGGUCUUCCUGAUCCCUACGGAGUGCGGGGAGCGCAUCUCCUUUUGCCUGACGGUGCUGCUGUCCAUUGCGGUUUUCCUGACGCUCGUGGGAGACAACCUUCCGAAAAACUCGAAUCCGAUGUCGCUGUUCAGCUACUAUCUGGUGUCGGUGCUCGUCAUCAGUGUCGCCAUCACGCUCGCCGUCAUAUGCAGCCUGCACGUGUACCACAGAAGUGAAAAGCAACAGCCGGGAGGCGCGUGGAGGGCCAUCGCUAUGUGUUUAGGGUGCUACUGUGUACGGCGGACAGGGUCAGAGAGUGCGGAUAGGACUAAUCGCAGUGACGAAAUCAAGUUUGCUCGGCCAGAAAACGCUUCCGAUAGAUCUUCCUCCGGCAUGCAUUCAAUGCCGAAUUCGAGCCACAUUCAUCGUGGUGUAAUACUGUACCGACCUACACAUAGUUACGGUACUCUGCCUUCAGCUCGUCCCGAAGACAAACCCCUUCAGAAGAAAGAAACGGACGACAGUGAUAGCUCAGUCUUGGAAAUCACAUGGACAGAUGUGAGCGUUGCCUUGGAUAAAGUACUUACCAUGUCAUUCGUUAGCACCUCAAAGGAGCCUAUUGCAAAAUACCAGCGAGGACAAACGAUGAUGCCAAUCUGGGUUGCUUUGGCGUCUACUCUUACCGUGUUAAUGACGUCAUUCAACGGGGUGCCCGCUAAGACGGUUACGGACGCUGAGCGUUUAUUCAGUGACUUAAUGGUGGGUUACAGCAAAAUGUUCAGGCCUGUGUUGAAUGAGUCGAAUCUUGUCGUAGUGUCCACAUGGUUGGAUCUCAUCUCUAUUCAAGAUUUUAACGAAGUCGAAGAGAAAAUAUCAUUUACAGCGCUUUUGUACCUCGCAUGGAAUGAUGAGCGACUGGUUUGGGACCCUAAGGACUACGGCGGUAUUGAUAAUCUCUAUAUUGACGUCAGCAAGAUUUGGGUUCCACAAAUGAUGCUGACGAACAAUGUAAAUAAAAAUGAACGUUUGUCUGAAGACUGGCAUACAGUGAGAGUCAAUGCGUCAGGGGUUUGCGUGUAUUAUAUAGCCAACGUGUUUACAUCAUCGUGCAACGUCGACGUCACUUUCUAUCCCUGGGAUACGCAAACAUGCAGCCUUGACUUCAUGCCGGCAAACUACGGUAUCGAUAAGAUGAGUCUAUAUCCAUUAAAUCGCAAAGUGCAAUUGACUUACUACUCACCUAAUGGCGCCUGGGAUCUCAUGGACACAAGUGUUACGUCAGAGGCUUACAGCUUCAUGGUUAGGUUCAAUGUCGUGUUAGAGAGGAAGCCCCGAUUUGCGAUAGUGAAUGUGAUACUUCCAUUGAUAAUUAUGUCCGCGUUGAAUAUCCUGGUCUUCCUGAUCCCUACCGAGUGCGGGGAGCGCAUCUCCUUUUGUCUGACGGUGCUGCUGUCCAUUGCGGUCUUCCUGACGCUCGUGGGAGACAACCUUCCGAAAAACUCGAAUCCGAUGUCGCUGUUUAGCUACUAUCUGGUGUCGGUGCUCGUCAUCAGCGUUGCCAUCACACUCGCCGUCAUAUGCAGCCUGCACGUGUACCACAGAAGUGAAAAGCAACAGCCGGGAGGCGCGUGGAGGGCCAUCGCUAUGUGUUUAGGGUGCUACUGUGUACGGCGGCCAGGGUCAGAGAGUGCUGACAGGACUAAUCGCAGUGACGAAAUCAAGUUUGCUCGACCAGAAAACGCUUCCGAUAGAUCUUCCCCCGGUAUGCAUUCAAUGCCGUAUUCGAGCCACACACAUCGUGGUGUAAUACUGUACCGACCUACACAUAGUUACGGUACUCUGCCUUCAGAUCGUCCCGAGGACAAACCCCUUCAGAAGAAAGAAAUGGACGACAGUGAUAGCUCAGUCUUGGAAAUCACAUGGGCAGAUGUGAGCGUUGCCUUGGAUAAAGCUAUCCGGUUCAGUGCUCGCUCUGAUACUUCCAUUGAUAAUUAUGUCCGCGUUGAAUAUCCUGGUCUAUCUGAUCCCUACCGAGUGCGGGGAGCGCAUCUCCUUUUGUCUGGCGGAGCUGCUGUCCAUUGCGGUCUUCCUGACGCUCGUGGGAGACAACCUUCCGAAAAACUCGAAUCCGAUGUCGCUGUUUAG